ACCUGCGCAUGUUGUUACCAAAACAAUAUGGCGGCAAUAGUGGUAUCUAGCACCGGAGUUAUGCUAUUAUCUUUGUGAUUGUUCCGGAUUUCUUUCGAUGGGGACCAUAUCUGAGCUUAAAUCAAAUCCAGGGAAACUCACCAUAGUUUGGAUAUGUUUCGUGUAAUAAUUAAAAUGUAACAACCAAGGGAUAACAAAGAAUAAUAAUAAAUAAUGGACGACGUCGACGAUGCGAAAGCAGGGAUGCUUCCAGGAGCUUACUCAAAACAGUAUCGAGGUCUGCAGUCGCAGCGCAUGGAUCAUCUAAAACAACUAGAGUAUGACAGCAAGGCAGACUCCCUGGCCAGGUCUAAAAAGCUCACCUAUGAAACAAAUAAACGCAGGAGGGCACUGGCAGCCAAACGCAGAGCUGAAGCAGAUCGUGAGGAAAAGAGGAGGAAAUUAAUUUUAAAUAAGAGACGUGAGCAACAGAGAGAGGCAACAGAGCGCUAUCAACGUUCACAUGUUUCUUCACGACCAAACAGUCAUACUGGAGGUAAUACUUCACCAAACCGUACACUUGAGGAUACCCUGCGUCUGGUACGAGGAUCCUUGUCUAGACAAAACAGUACAGGAUCUAUGAGUUCUGUGUCACGACAGAGCAGUGCAGGGUCUAUGGGUUCAAGUGGCCGUUCAAAUAACAAAGACCCUCUUCACCGUCCUUACUUUAACAAGUAUGCUAGUGCACAUCAUCCUCCCUCCCCAGGGGACGUGAAUAAGACAUACAGGCCAGUCAAGGACGCAGAAAAACGUGAUAAACUCCAUGAUAAAAGUUUACGCAACCUUUCAAAUAGCCGAAGUCUGUUUGAACAGCAGCUUGAACAUCACCAGCAAUUACUGGUGCAGGAUCAGCAACAGUCGUUGUACGAGUUCAACAAUGCCAUCAUGCAGGAGAUUGCAUCAGACAGGACAGUUCAGGGGGAGGAGGAGGUGGACAUGGGAGGUAUGGUCCACAGUGAAAGUCUGGACAGUGUGGACAGCCUUGAGGGCUCGGACAGCACCCCCAGAGGUAAGGGGAGGGGUGUGGACGACGAACCAGCAAACACAAGUGAAAUGAUCUAUGAUGCAAAUCAGAACUUGAAAGAUGUGAAAAACUUGCAGCGCAAUAACAGUGAUUAUAAUGGUCAACAUUAUACAAACAACCAAUUAAAUGCACGCAAUGAUCUUAUUUCAAAUGACCAACGGACAUUCUAUUUAGAAACAAAUGCUAGAAUUGAAUCCUUCAAUGUUGAUCAUGUUCCUUAUCCUCCCUCAAGUCCUAGGGGUGCUCCUAAGACGGAAACACGUCCGAAAGCUCAUAUGCGUGCCUGGGCUACCCCGUCCCCUAUGGACCAGGCAAGUGCGCGCAGUAAUUCUGUGUAUUCCGACGCUUCUGGUAUGGCCACCAAAAACAAUCCAUUUUCUGUGCGAAACACCAUGACAUCAGUGACAACCACUACAGCCUAUGGGAAAGGCAUGACACCGGGGGUGCACAGUUAUGUCCAAAGCAAUGCUUGGACAGACGAGGCUGAAAGCCUUCAACAACAAUACAUGUCAAACCCUCAAAGGACUAACAACUCAAACCAGUCAUAUGCUAGUGCUGGGAUGUAUUCUCAGGCCAGUGUACCGUCUCCUUCAGAUCAAAAUGUAACUAUUGCAAACCAACCACGACCAAUGAAUGCUGCGUAUGAUAGUUCAGGUGCAAAACCGGUGCUACAAAAUGGUGUAAGUUGUAAUACAGUUCUGCCUCAGUCUCAACCUCAGCCUGUGAAUAGUAAACCAACUACAACACAAUUACAACAUGAGUCCGGAAAAAAUUUGGAUUUCUUGGAGACCGUGACAAACGGAAUGUUGGAGAUUCACAGUGACGCCCCAGUGUCUGCUCCCCAAACUGGUAGUCGUUUACCUCGUCCCAUCAGCUCUACCAGAACAAACGCAGUGCCACCUAGUGUUACACUCCCGAAACCAACACCCCCUGUAUUAGUGAGUACACAACAGAAUGGUGUACAACCUGCCUCAAAGCCACCAGUGUGCACCGUCAAUACUACCACAACGUCCAGCUUCGGCUAUGUACACGGCAAAGUGGCUGUGCUGCCUGAUCACCCAGCUGUACAGCUACGUCACGUGACGUAUCAGACUUUCCGGGCAGAGGAACCUCCAUCUGUUGUCGGCAUACAGAGGAAGGCCAAGGAUGAUAGUGACUUGAUGAGGUCCUCAAAACAAAAGAAUAAUAUGGAGGUUUGUGAGGGAGAGGGUGUGCAAGGCAUUCUGAAGCGACGACCUCCUUCUGGAGGGAUACUCAAGAAAGCUGGUUCCACUGGCAGUAUGGACAAGAAGUUUGAUGUGAGGGACAGUCUGGAAGUGACGAGGGCUCAUCUACAGCAGGACAGAAAUAUACAGUUGCCCAAAAAGAAAAGCGUAAGGUUUGCUGACCAUGAUUUGUAUGAAGAUGAUGAUGAAGCGGAGCAUACAGAGAACGAUUAUCUCUCCAGAAAACCAGGUUACACCCAGCGUCCUGUAUCAGCCAAGGCAGUCAUGCAGACUACCUCGGCAGAACCCACAGGAAAACCACCACGUGUGGCCAGUGCUGGCAUCCACCGUACAUGGAUUGGGCCGCAGAAACACAAGUCAACGAUACGACCACAGGCAGCUGCUCAUAUCAUAACCCAAAACAGAACACCAGCGAUGGGGCUCAACGGCACGACAGACAAAUCUGUUACUGUGACCAACAACAAUUUCAUGAGUAAAGUUCCAGUACAGAAUGGAAAGGCCGCCAAUGGCUCCCCUGGUGGGUCAGAGGUUAUGGUAUAUAAUCUGUCCAGACUAAACAAUGCUGCAGCUUCCAACAAAAGUUCUGUGGCUUCAAACAAAAAUGAAACAAAUUCUCACCAUCAACAGCCAUCUGUCAGUCAUUUUCCUCCGUCUCAAGGGGUUGGUGCUGGUGGCAAAGUAUACGAUACGCCUGUGUACGAUGAAAAUGGGAUGCGUGUUGACCGAACACCAACAGACGACGAGAUUAACUUUCUCUGGGACAAAGUACGGACUUGUCUGAAUCGUAGUGGAUCAACUGCUGUUGUUGAACCAGAGAAAGCUAUCCAGUCAAACGAACAACAUUCAUCCCAGCCUCGACAGGCUGCCACUAUGUCCAGUACUUAUAUUGAUGGGGCAGCCUUAGGACAGAUAUACAACACCCGGGUGGCUCCCCCACAGGCCCACACACAGCCAUACACUAACCCAGCCUCCCACCAGAGGAAACCAGCCAGUGCAAGUGAUCAGGCAUACGCCCGCAGGUAUGGACUUCUGCAGCAGAGGCGGCAACACAACCCCAACAACUUGAGUAAGGCCCCAGCCUCUGCACCCAGUAGGGAGUUCAUCACUUACCACGGCCCUGUCAUGAGCAAUACAGAACCUCAACAAGGAACAACUCCUUUACCUCCUGAUGCCAGUGAAAGCAUGGCAGCGUUCAUGGUGGCGGAGCAGUUAACCCAGCAGUCCAUGUCUGAUAGCCAGAUCAAUGUGGCGAUGGAGGAGGCCCAGAAGAGACAGCAGACCAACAACAACGCCAGACCAAACCAAAAAGUGCCUUCAGCUUUGUCUAUAGAAGAAAAAAGAUUGCUAGAGUCUUUGGACCGGCUUAAUGAGAAGUUAAAAAUUUCGGAGUUCCCCGGUUCAUUACCCCCUCAGCCUGCCAUGUCACAGGCUCCUCCUCCUCCACCUCACCACUUUUCCUAUACUGAUUGCAUAUGGUCACCUCGUACAAAUGGAUUCAAAGGCUCCAAACCCAUACUAUCACAACAGAGAGGGAAUACACGUGGCGGGUCAGCAGCCGUUCUGCGUCCAACAAAUAUACGUUUCUAAUGUAUUGAGCUGUAGCCAUGCUAUGCCUCACAGAAUUUGUUU